AUGUUGAAUUUAUCUUGCGGUCGCCAGGGUGAGUUUAUGAAAUCGGGUGAUUUCAUGUUGUUGUAUUCUGAGACACCAAACAUGAGCGAGUUCAACAGCGAAUACGCAGCCAUGGAAAGAGCACGCAAGCCAUCCCCACCACCCGAAGGCGAGACGCAACCUUCAUCCACUGGUCCUGGUGACCAGCGACGCCCCCUCAAGGUGUUCGACCUGGUGUGCCUUCACAUAAAAGACCGGUGCCUCCUCAUCCUGGAGGUGGCCCUCCUCCGAAGCGACCAGAUCAAAGUGGUACCGGUCAUUUCAGGGGAAGGCCGUAGCUUGGAAUUGGCAUCAGGUUUUGGUAGAUCAGCUCAAAUUUAUUCAGUAUUCUCAGGUCUAAUCAGAAUUGUUCAAAAAAAGCAAUUCCAGUAUGCCCUUGUGGAGAAUUUGUUCGGCAGUUUGGAUAAAAACGGAGAUAGCAAUAAACUGGAAAAGAAGGACUGUCCUUCCCAGUACUAA